AUAGGUGCCCUUGCCGCUGUUUACUACAAGGCAGCAACAGCAGCACCCAGGAAGUAGGCUGUAAUAGAAAACGGCUUUACAUGAAGGGGUAUGCCCAGAGCUGAAAAUAGCAGGGAUUUUCUUUGACUUAUGAAAGAGGGAAAAACAUUCACACAAAAAGGAUGGUGCCUUAUUCCAAAGGCUCAUGUGGCGGAAUGAAUUCCAUUGUUAAGCCUGCCGGCACAGACGGGGUUAAGUCAGAAGCGAUUUCCUACAUGACGUGAACAUGUUAGUCUGCGUUGUUCCUCUCUGUGGACAUUGAGCUUGGCUUGCCCUUACAAUUCCUACUCUGCCUCUCCUCAACCUCUACUUCUCUUUCCAACAGAGGCACACACCCUACAGGAAUCAUGUGCACAUAUUAAAGUUACUCUGUGCUGCUACGUCUCUGCUCGCUCUUUCUUCCUUUAAAUGAUACUGAAGAAGAAUCCCGAAAAAAACCCUUUUUGUUAUAAGGGGAAAACCGUCAUUUAUAACAGCACCUACUGUAGCUGAAGAAAUACAACAAGUACACGGCAGGCUGGCGGACCAGCAUGUAGAAGGGGUUAAAGCCGACCGGCCCAGCUCUGUUGUGCGUAUGCAAUAAUCUGUGUGGCUGCUUUGGCUGUCUGCCAGAGUGUUGCCUUGCCUCCACACACACACUCUCUCUGCCCCCCCCCCUUCCUCCCUUUUGCAUGAAGUAGGAUCCUUGAGCUGUUGCAGAGGCAGCCAACUGCUCCAUAUUUGGCUUCUAUUACACAUUUACAUACUGGAGAGAGAGAGGGAGAGAGCUGUACUGCAGACAUCAUUUCUACUACAGUAGAGGAGACAUACAAGACCUGUCUUUCUGCGAGGGGGGGCAGAGUAGGAGGAAAAAAAUGCAAUAGCUCAGACACCCUCUUCAUCCAACAAGCCCUUAUACUGCACUUUACAUGUUAACAGUAAACAGAUUUGAAGACCAGACUGGAGAGUGGCUGAACUGAAAAGGGAAGGAACAUGCUGAAAAAAGAUUAAUGUAAGAAAAGGUCAAGAAUAUGCUGCAGGGCAGUUGAAGUACAGAGAAGACACUGUGGCAACUAAGGAAUCUAUCAAGCAACUGUCUGGUGGUUAUGGUGGUAGAGAAGCCUCAUGAACUAUCUACAUGCACAAGUUAUGCCAAGAAAUAAAACCAAGACUGUUUAAUGAAGAAGCUGGACCUUCCUCUAUUUGAAACGCGGACACAGAUCGAUCAAACAGGCAUUGAUAUAUAUAUAUAUAGAUCUAUGUGUGUGUGAAUAAAGAGCACGCUGGAAACCAUCAUACGAGACACCCAUGAAAAAGACUGCAGAACCCUCACAGUGAAUGUCAUUUCACAUCAACUGUUGGAAGAUUGUGCUCCCAGGGAGAUGAUUCCUCAUGAAGUCAUUGGGCUCUCUAACAGAUUUAAAUGCGACUUUCCAUUCACCAGACUGAAAUCCGCAUCAGUCAGACAGUGAGCAAGCAGUGGUGGUUGGCGGGGGUGGCAGAGAGCAAAACAUGAAAUCUAAUCAAGAACGAAGCAAUGAAAGCCUGCCACCAAAGAAACGUGAAAUACCCGCCACCAGUCGACCUUCUCAAGAGAAGAGUGUUGGACUGACAAAUGAAAACCACCGCACAAAUAGCUUAUCGUGGCUGCCAUCCAAGCCCAGCAGUGACCUUGGUGCACGCCAUCAUGGGCCUCCAAGAACUUCAGCAGAAACUGGUUUACAAAAGGGAGGAAGUUUACACAAAUCACUUUCUACAAGUAUGGACUAUUCUCCCACUAGUACUACAAGAUCGGUACCAGUUGCAACAACAGUUCCUGCAAAUUACCAAACUGCUCAGUCUCUGUCAGGGGCAUCUAUGUCUCCUGUGGAAUAUGCUAAUGUGUCCCAAACCUACCAGUUCAUUGGGCCACAAUAUAGUGGACAAUCAUAUGCAGGAUUCAUAAAUUCACAGCUAAUUUCACCUACAUCAAAUUCUGGAUCCAGUGCAGUGUCCUCCAUGCCAGUAGGUGUUACAACUCCAACCCAGCGGUCCCAAGUGGAGGCUUUUUCCAGUAUGCUGGCCAAUACAAACAGCCUAAGUCAGCAUGGACAUAAAAUAGAUCUAAAUCGGACACCAGGAUUGGUUACUGCAGGGUCACCUACUCAGCCAAGUCAAUAUGUCCACAUUUCCAGUUCAUCGCAGAGCACAGUCAGAACUCUUUCACCACCUGUUCAUUUACCUACUCACUCUACAGUGAUUCCGAAUACACUUACACUAGGUGCACCUUCCCAGAUGGUUGUGUACUCAGAUUCAGGAGCUCAAUUUUUUGCUAGGGACCCUACUAAGAAGGAAGACAAUUACAGGUCACAGACCAAGGAGUUGUUAAAUGGAGAAAUAGAGAAAGCUCGAAGAUUUGGAGUCCCUUGUAAUGCAGAUGCACAGUUGAUGAAAGCAGGCAAUAAUAAACCAACUUCCCAACAUUAUGAGACAAGACAUGUAGUGGUGCACCCUAGUACUGAUUAUAGUACUCGGGAUCCCUCAGGAGUUCGGACCUCAGUCAUGGUAGUGCCUAACAGCAACACAACUGCCACAGACAUGGAUGUCUCACAGACCAUUAAGAGAGAAACCUCACCUUUAGCAGCUCAUAACAAGGGAAGCAUACAUUUAGGAAAAUCAACCCAUCGGUCCUAUGCUUUAUCCCCACAGCAAACAUUAUGCCCAGAAAUUGUAAAAACUAUGGCCACAUUAUCUCCUCACACUGUCAUUCAGACAACUCACAGUGCAGCAGAACAACUUUCUGUUGGUUUGCCUGCUGCUUUUUAUGCGGGUACACAACAGCCAGUCAUUGGCUAUCUCAGCAGUCAGCAGCAAACCAUUGGCUACCCUGGAAAUUUGCCACAUCACUUGGUGUUCCCUGGCACCCAGCCCUUACUUAUACCUGUUGGCAAUCCAGACAUUGAAUCAUCUAGGGUUGGGGUUGCACCUGGUAUUGUGACAUCAUCUCCCCAGUUUGCAGCAGUGCCUCAUACAUUUGUCACUACUCCCAUUCCUAAAGGUGAAAACUACAGUGCUGAAACACUGGCAACUCAAACUGCCUACCAGGCUGCAUUGGUCCCAGCUCAAUUCCACCUCCCUGUUGUACAGUCUGUUGCUUCUCAUAUGGCAACUGCCCCUACACUGCCCCCUUACUUUAUGAAAGGGUCAAUCAUUCAGCUGGCCAAUGGUGAGCUAAAGAAAGUAGAGGAUUUAAAAACAGAUGACUUCAUACAAAGUGCAGAUAUUAGCAACGACUUGAAAAUAGACUCCAGCACAGUGGAGAGAAUUGAGAACAGCCAUAGUCCAGGCAUAGCGGUGGUACAGUUUGCUGUGGGAGAGCACCGGUCACAGGUCAGUGUCGAAGUCUUGAUAGAGUAUCCGUUUUUCGUAUUUGGUCAAGGCUGGUCCUCCUGCAGUCCUGAAAGAACAAGCCAGAUGUUUGAUUUGCCAUGUUCCAAGUUGUCAGUGGGCGAUGUCUGCAUAUCGCUAACACUCAAAAAUCUGAAAAAUGGCUCGAUAAAGAAAGGCCAGUCCAUGGAUUCGGCUAACUUCUUGCUGAAGCACCCAAAGAAUGACAGUUUAUCUGGAAGCAGGCACAGGUAUGCAGAACAAGAGAAUGGAAUUAAUCAGGGAAGUUCACAGAUUGCAUCUGAAAAUGGUGAACUGAGAUGUCCAGCAGCAUUGAAUGCAGCCAAACUAGAACCUGGAAAGCCUCUGGCAACAAGGAAGAGGAGGUGGUCUGCCCCAGAAACACGAAAAGUAGAGAAGUUUGAAGAAGAACCACCAUUGACUCUUCCCAAGCCUUCUUUUAUUCCUCAGGAGGUUAAAAUUUGCAUUGAAGGUCGAUCUAAUGUAGGCAAGUAAAAUGGUUUCAAGUAUAGAAAUUAGGCAUACCCUUGUCAUUUUUAUUCAGAUUACUGUACUGUAGAAUAAAUAACCCAGUAUUUACAUGUUAUCAUCUUAUUUUAGGUUUAUGUUAUAACAUUGUUUUAGUGGUGGCUGAUAUACUGCAGGAGAUUGUUGGUGCAUAUGUUUUUCCCGACAAGUGUUUGUAAGUAGCUAGUUUUUAGUGGAGCUACUAAAGGGGAAAAAAAAUAGCUUUCUGCAUUUAUGAUGAAGAGGAAUGUAUUAAAGUGGCUCCUGUCAACUUCUUACAGCAUGUCACCUUCAACUAAAACCCGAUUUUCGAUUUUUUUUUAGAGAGGAAUACAAGGGAAAUGCAGAAAGAAAAGAGAUAUGAGUGCGCGUUUCUGGGAAUGCUUACAUACUUGUCUCUUGUGGAGAGAGAUAAGACUCUCUGUGUAUUCUGGGGUCUCUGGCAUAACAAAAAUGUAGAAUCAGAGGUUGGGCUUGGUCAGUGACUCAGUGGGGCUCAAGUAAUUCUUCAUGUUCACAUUUCACUUCACGUGCUCACCAUACUUUGUGAUUCCUGCCUGCCAACACUUUAUUGGUAUGGUGCGAGUGAUGUUGUUUAUGCCAACGGCACUGAACACUACCCUAAAUGGGUGGGGGGGGGAGCCUAAAAAAGAGACAGGUGCAAUUUCACCUCAGUCAUAUCUCUUUGUAAGAAAAAAUCCCAACAUGUUUAGCCUAUCCCUUAACUCUCAACAUUUUCUUUAUUUUUCCAAAUCUUUCUGUUUAAAAUAUAAACAAUCAGAAGUCUGAAAUUUUUGGGUAGCAUGAAAUGCUAAAAAGUCUCAAAUUUUUUUUUAGGAGGGCCAAUCAACCAUGGAUAAUGAUUUAAAUACACUGGAUUUCACCUUUUGAAAAUGGUUUCAAAAAACCAACAUGGCUUCCAAACGAAUGAACAUGGAAUUUUUAGAAACAUUUUUAGACUAAAUGAACCUUGAAUUUGCGAAAUUUACAUAGAGCAUUGGGAAUAUUUCAGACGCUUUCUUCCCUAACUGCACAAAAAUAACUUUAUGGGAACACGCAAAGGUUUCCUAUUCAAAAUUUCAAGCUUCUGUGCUGUGAAAAACUAUUUCAUUCAAUGGACAUAUACUUAUAUGUUGUUUCUCAUUAUUUCAAUCUCAUUACUGCUGGUAUAGCAUGAGAAAUUCUCACUAGCAAGGCAGAAUAAUAUGACAAGUGGUGGAGGCUGUUGUUAAGGGUCAUUUUGUUCUAGUGAGUUCCUAGGAGGACAAAUUUUUUUACCCAUGGGCGUGUGUUUUCUAAAAUUUAAGCACAAUGCCUCUGGAGCACUAACAUGAAUAGUAGGCAUCUUAGAUGCAAACCUUUUGUGUUUUAACUCUAGUACUGUUUUAGACCUUUACUAAUCGGUGCCACUUUUUGUUUUAAUCAUUUUUUUGUUAUUAUUAGUUGUGACACAAUAAAGAAUUAGGACAGAAGGAUAUGAGAUUGUCUAAUAGGCACUUAAAUUGCUGUUCACACUUUAUUGCCGAGCAUCUUGGUCUAAUGUUUGUCUAGUACUGUAUCUCACUUUUAAUCUGUGUAUUUAAACAAAAGAGAAAAAUCUUCAACACUGAAACCAUGUAAAUUUGUAUUGCUACUAAGAGCAAGAUGUUGAACGUUUUCAUUGUGGUUUCAAAGGGAUGAAUGUAAAUCUUGACCCAGGAUGUGACCGUUAAUGUCCAAGAGGACUACUUUUCAGAAGGCACUUUUUAAAAAAAAUAAAUAAAAAAGAAAGGGUUGAAGUCAUAUGUGAGCUGACAUGAAUAAAGAGAGUUAUAGGGAAACUUUAAGCUAGGUAGGAAAUAGAAGAAAAAAAAACAUUUUUGUCCAGUGUUUUUAAAAGACGGACUUUAAACUAAAAAAAAAAAGAAAAAAAAGGAAAAAAUAACUUUGCAGUUUGCACAUCUUGAGUUUUGCAUUUGGAUUAUAUUCCUGCAAAUGAAUUGUGAUGUUGUUGAGAAAGGAAAAAAAACAGCUGAAAGAACAUGGAUAUAUGUAGCAAAUACUUAUUAACUUGCCUAAUUUGUUAGGGUGAUGUUUCUUUCACAGUUUCAAUCUUUCUGUCACACUGAACCAUGUCUGAGAAGGAGAACUCUUAGAAAUCUCAAUGUAUUUUAGUUUUUUUAUUUUUUU